AUGGCCCAUUCCUGCAACCCGCAAUUCGUUGUGGCGCGGUCCGUGACGUGCACUGCUUCCGGGGCGCUCUGCCUCCUGAGCGCAAUGACCCUGGCGCAGGCAAUUGUCCGGGCUUACCUGCAGCCCUGGAUGUUUGAGUUCGUAUCCUGCUAUGGCCGAUCGGAGUCAGAGUCGGACUAUAAGUGGUCGAGCACGGCGAUUCUCAUCAUGCAGACUAUUGCAGUCGGGGUCGGCACAAUCGCGCCCGCAUUCCGAUGGUUCCUCACGAUCAGAUUGAAAUGGCAGAGGCGGGGGAACAAGAGCUACAAGGAUGAAUUCAAGUCCGAAAAGUAUUGGAUACAGCAAUUCAUAGAGAUUAAGGAGCGUCCGUUCAAUUUACAGGUCCGGAGCUGGCGAUGUCGUAAACUCAUCCACGACUCGAAGAACGUGGUUUUGGAUAUGCUCAUCGGAAUACAAGUCGGGAUCGUGUUGGGAAGCAAGGCCGUGAGGCUGAUCUCCAUUCUGUUCAUGACCCCGAUCUUGUUGUUCUGUGAUUUGUGCUCCGAUCUGAGGAAGAAGUUCAGACUGAACAUCAGCGAUUCAGAGAAGGACUUGCACUCGAGUUCGCCCCUAGAGGACUCGGCCUCAAAGCCGGACUUCAGCCAAUAUAUUUUGCAUCUCGAGGGCGAGGAAGAAUUGGUGCACGUCAUGAUGCGGAACAACUGCGACACCAUCGAGCGUUGGAUCGAGAUGGGGAAGAACAAGCAGCCCAAACAUCUCGUGCAACUUUUUGAAGAGACGGAUCCUUAUGGGUUCCCAGGGGUCAUGGACUUCGACAGCGAUGCAGUUCCUCCUCUGGAUUCUGUAGAACCACCGAACAAUUGGGCACUGCCGAUCGCGACCUUAACGAGCAUAGCAGUCACCAUUCCAGACAUUGAUCCAUCUGCCAGAAAACGAUUGCUGCGUGGUGUUCGCGAGGCCCUGAUGUAUGUCAAAAUAGUAGAAGAAAGGCUGUGCGCAAAACAAGAAUUGAUGAAUGCCCAAAAGGCGGCGAGCAUUGUGUUCAUGGGAGUCGAUCUCUACCACAAAUGGCUCGAUGUAGAUCUCCUCAAAAUUUCCCUCCAGGGAAACACCACAAAGGAUGUGCUCGAAGCGCUUGCGUGCAGUGCAAAGAACGUUCUCGUCGAAUCCCAUGGAUAUUUAAUGGAAUCCCCUUCGGCAUGGCCCGUCAAAGUACGGGCCGCGCAUUCCAUGUACCGUAUAAGCAAGACCUUGCUGCUCGAUUGCAAGAGCAGCGACUGUGAUAUGAGCAACAGUAUCUUCGAGAAGCUAUCAAGGAUGAUCUCCGAUAUUAUUGCGGCCUGCCUCACCAACUUAGAACAUGUCAUAUUCACCGAGUGCUCUCGCAGCGGCAUUGAGGGCCGGACAGAGAGUGUGUGGUCCGCCGCUAUUCUUCUCGGAAGAACGGCAGAAGUGAUGAAAAUCCUAAGCCAGAGGGAGCUUCCAUGUCUGGACUCCGACCAAUUGGCGAGAAAUGAUGAGCGUGCCUUGAGUGACCUGAGGAAGGCUUUACCGACGAAGUCAUUCCCAGAUGAGAGCGAACCGUCUUCUCUCAGUCUCGGAGAUCAGUACCUAUCUAUUCAGUAUUCACAAGUCUAG